AUGGUUUUGUUUUGUAGCCGUGGGUUCAAUGCAUCCAGUGUCGUCUUCGUUACAUUCCCCGACAGGGUCAUUUUUCCGUCUAGAUUGAUUACAGGAUCAGAGCCGAUUUCGAUCUUAGUGUCAGUCUCACGUAGCCCCGACUUCUGUCCGGUUGUUGCAACCGUGGGGUGCAGCGGAGCUAAAACCCCUCAGGUUCUCGGCGCAUUGAUUGGCGUCAAAAUUCGAGGGCAGUUAGGCGCAGUAGCCCGCUGGAUCUCCUUGGCCGACCUAGGCCCGAGCCUUUGGCUCACCACUGCUAGGGUUUCUAGCUUAUCGGUGAUGUUUUCUGCUUGUCGUGCUCCUCCACCUUUUUGA